ACCAACAGGUACGUCACUGCGUUGAUGUUUUCACCCUGAUCUCCUACCUCGUUCACUUUCACCCCCUCCUCUCACACCUCACCGACACUUUGGAAACAUCCUAACGACCUAUCAGCGAUGGAAAAAUCUAGAGAAGUGGGGCUUAUCUGCUCGUCAACAAUCCCUUCACUCGAGGAACCAUUUUCCACUUUACACUCUCACAUGUCUCUUUCAUGUCUCUGUUCGCAGGAAGUGUAGGAUCCAAACUCUGUAGGAUGGUCUCAGCCUGCUGCAGCUGAGGCUUCGUUCACCUGCCUCACCUCCUCUUCUCCGCUGCUCACCUCUUCUCCGCGGCCCCUCCUCAUCCAUCAUGGUCCGCCUCCACAACGUUCAGUACUCCAGCUUCCUGCGGCAGGCGGAUGCCCUCCGUGGCUCGGGCUCUCUCUGCGACGCCAUCAUCUCGGUGGACGGCCGGGCGUUCCGGGCCCACCGCCUGGUGCUGGCGUGUGCAAGCCGGCGGCUGGCUCAGCUGCUCGGCCAGGGGGAAGCCGCCGACCAGCCCGUCAGCUGCACCCUGGACCUCUCCCCCGACACCUUCCAGCAGCUCCUGGACUUCAGCUACUCCCAGGCCCUGGAGGUCCCGCCGUCCGACUUGCAGCAGCUGCUGAGGGCCGCCCAGCUCCUGGAGAUGCGGCCGUUGGAGGAGCAGUGCCGGAGCCAGCUGGACGCCCUUGAGCGCCGGGCCGGCGAGGCGGACGACACCAAGGAAGCGGGAGAAGAGGCGGAGACGGGAGGAUCCGAGGAGAGAAGCGAGGGCCAGGCCUCCAGAGGAGGGUUCGUUCCGAAAGGGGAGCCCCAAGACGGAGCUCCGUCUCCCCCCGGGGAGGAGCACGAGGUAGGGGCAGUCAAAGAGACGCCUCCAGCUGCUCAGACCGAGGGAUCUGGCCCCCCCCCUCUGAAGAAGAGGCCCCUGGUAGUUCUACCCACGCCCGUGAGUACCCCCUCCAGGGACAGCGUCAUCGCCAGCACUGCCACCUGCAAUGGCGCCCGCUCGCCAUCCAGGUACAGGUGGCACUCGGUCAACACCCUGAGAAGAAUGUCCCUCAACUACUCCGACCUCGUGGCUUCUCACCCCUUCCACCGAUCGCAGCAGUUGGGGCCGUACUCUUUUCCUCUUUCCGCACAGCACAUGUACCCCCUGCUCGCCUCCCCCUUCCCAGCCCAGGUCCACAACCCUUUUGUGGGCUACCCGGGCAUCAUUCACCCCGACACGCACUCCCUCCUGGCCGGCUCGCCAGAGCUGGGGGACAUACUCAAACAGGAACUGGAGAGGAAACGGGACACCUCUGAAAAAGUCUUGAUGGGUGAAGAACAGGGAGAAAGACCGAGGUUCCAUGAGGAACUUGUUGACCGAGCGCUGAGGAGCCAGGGCUGCCAGCUCUGCAGCAGAUCCCUCCAGGAGAGACCAUGGUUGCAUGCAUCACCCACCAGCCGCUCAGAGGCCUCUCUAGGUUGUGGGUUUUGUGGGCAGGGCUACAAGUUGGAGCGCUCCCUGCGUCCCCAGCGGCGAGGACACGGCUUGGAGAAGCCCUACCAGUGCAAGAGUUGCCCUAAGAAGUUCAGCCUAAAACACCAGCUGGACACACACCACCGCGUACACACAGGAGAGAAGCCCUUUGAGUGUCGUCUGUGCGGUCAGCGGUCACGUGACUACUCGGCCAUGAUCAAGCACCUGCGCACUCACGGUGGGGCCACGCCCUACCAGUGCACGGCCUGCCUGGAGUACUGCAGCAGCCUGGCCAUCAUGCAGAAACACCUGAAGGAACACCCUCUCCAGGACUUCCCCUCAGACUGGACCAUCAACAGCACCUACCUGUACACCAGCCACACCUGACCUCCACAUGAGCCCCUGGCCUCCACCGGACUGACUCUUGAGCCACCAGCUGUGACAGUCGUAGCUCAGGCAGACGUCAAUAUGUCCCAAAGUAUGAGUCCAAUCCAUUGCCGUGAAAUGACUUUGUUGGGUGUGUUUAUUUGUCAAAAUGUAAGAAAAACAUUUGUAUUUUUUAUUUAUUUAGAUUUUAAGGUUCAUAUCGGAGGAGUCUGACACAUGUAGAAUGUAAUGUACAUAACCGGUCAUAAUACACCAUAUAGACAAAAGUAUUGGGACAGCUACUCAUUACACUUACAGGAGAUUUUAUGACAACCCAUUCAACAUUCUUGUGGACAGCCUUCCAGAAGAGUGGAAGAUGUUAUAGACACAUGUGGGUGGGGUGACAACUCCAUAUUAUUGCCUGUAGUUUUGGAAUGAGACAUACAAAAAACUCAUAUAGUUGUGAUGGUCGGGUGUCCCAAUAUUUUUGUCCAUACAGUGUAGUUCAUCUCAAGGGUCUUCAAAUCCACAGUGAGUGUCUCUGCACAGACUUCCACUAGAGGGCAACAGUGUCUUGCUAUCCCUCGGAACACAGCGUUCCCUAGCAGCAUUAGCUUGUCUGGCAGCAUAAACUAAUUUAUAACACACUUUCAUGCUCCCCACAAAGAACCUGUUUGAUGUAUAUUUGAAUUUUGCAUUUCUGUUUGUUAAUUCUGCCAUUUAAAAAGUGUUAUUUUACAAUUGUUAUGUUUUUUGUAGUUGUAUGUUUUUGUUUAUGCAAGUUAAUUGUAGUUUCAUAUUGAAUGAAAGUGGUUUGGAC